AUGCGUAGUGGGUCGUGGCUUUUCGCCCUGCUGGGCGUCUCUCUUGCAGAUGCUUUGUCUCUAGAGAAAAGAGAGAUGCCUGCUGUGUUCAAUGUGCCUUUAAAACAUAAGAAAGCCGCCAAAUAUGUUGCCAAUACCCAGUUAAGGAGGGACAAUACAGUUCUUCUUCCAAUCGGCAAUGAUGAAAAUAUUAUCUACACCAACAUCUCACUUGGUACCCCGCCACAGAGAAUUGAGGCGGCAUUUUGGAUGGUCGGCAAUGAGUGCUGGGUGCCUGUAGGGACCUCGCAUGAUUGUGCUACGUUUCGAGGCAAUAAAAACUGCAACGGCUCCGGUGGCUAUAACAAGACCCUUUCUACUAGCAUGAAUGAUCUGCAUUCCAACUUCACCGUUAGCAAGUCGAUUGAAUCAUCCAUGACCAUCACUGGGGAGUUUGUUAUCGAUACUCUUGUCAUUGGAGACACAACCGUGGAGUCUAUGAAGAUCGGGAUUCUGAAUGUGGAUGCCACCCAAAAUAUUAUCGGCUUGGGAUAUGGCGAAACAAACUCGUCUUUUAUCUCCCUUACUGAAACAUUGGUUAAUGCUGGAACCAUCAAGUCCCCGGCUUUCAGCAUGUAUAUGGAGAAUCCUCUACAUUCUAUAUCCGCAGAAGUCUCGCAGGAUGAAAAAGCAGGCGCUCUUCUUUUUGGUGGUGUGAACAGAUCCAAAUACAAUGGUACACUCCACACGCUUCCCAUCGUCAACAACCCUGCCGAUUAUAGAAAGGCUUUCAGGGUCAACAUGACAAGCUUUUCUAUUAAUGGGACAUCGGUAUUUCCUGAGGGGCCUACGACACAAGCUCUACUUGAUCCCUCGCUCUCUUACACCUAUGUCCCAGAAUCCAUCGCGCAGGAUAUCUUCUCUCAAUUGGGUGCCACUGAAACACCAACCUCUGGGCCAGCCUCUAUCCCAUGCAACAUAAUUUCCAGUGACACAACACUCACAUUCGAGUUCGGGGCUGCGAGUUUCAAGCUUGGAAUUGAUCUAUUCAUAGAAAGACGUAGCGUGUUUAAUGAUGAGGACAUCUGCUAUUUGGGAAUUGCCGCGAAAACUGAUACCGAGGAUGCAAACUGUGUUAGGCUUGGGGCAAACUUUCUUCAACAGAUCUACACUGUCUAUGAUAUGGGCAAUGACGAAAUCUCUUUAGCACAGAGGAAUUGGAACUCCAACGAAGAUGAAAUCCUCGAAAUCACGACUGGCAAGAAUGCAGUCCCCGGGACUACGUUGGAAAAGGGUGAGGCAGAUGAUACAGAAGCCAGAGAUGCUCACGAGGAGAAGUCUACCGGCUCCUCCAUUGAUAAGGGUGUAGGCCUGCGGCUCUCCCUUUCUAUCUUUGUGAUCUGGGCUCUCUCCCGUUUAUAG